CCUCACUUCACAAUUUGUACCGACGCCGAACCGCCGAUCAUGUGAGGGUUGGGGUUCCUUCAAUUUGGCCACCCUUCUCGCUCUUGUCCCAAGUUCCAUCUCCGUUAGACUUCAGCCUGCCUUCCCCUUCUUCCUUCCCCCCUCUCGUGUUGGCCUCGGAAGCCCUAUGUCCGAUUCUUUCCCGCGCAUUCAGCCCUUCUCUCCUGUCCCAUUAUUAUGGUUCCGUUCCGCAACUUCUUGGCCAAAAAGUCCGCCGCGCCCAAUGGCGGGGAGGUCGAUACCAACCUCAACAAUGGUCGCUUAUCUGCUGAAAACCCCAGCUCAACGGCCGUGAACAUCAGGAAAAGUUCAGACAACGAGCCGCCCGAAUAUAAACUAAGUGUGGUCGACGACAAUGGCGCUUACCUUCCGCCAUCCCCUCCGGAGAAACAGAGUUUCUGGCGACGAUACCCAGGCUCCUCGAAAUCAUCGAAUCACCGAGAUCUAGUCGACGACAAUGAACCCUUCUCCAUAUCCCGCGAAUCAUUCGAUUCAUACCGACGGUCCUUUGACAUCUCCGCCCGCUCGCCCGUGAGCUACAGCGACGCAAUGCCCUCCCGAACCUCCCUCGACUCUCGCUUCUCCCGCAUGACCUCGCCAUCCCGCACACACUCCGGAUUCGAGAAGAAACCGGAAUCAAUGGAGGAAGAAUUCGAGGACGUGGGACUCGACGACGAAGAAGCGAAACCGAAGAAGAAGGGCAUCUUUUCGCGCCUCGGCGAUCUCACCGGCGACUCGCAGACAUCAUCCUCGAAUUCCAAGUCCUCCCACUUGGGCUUCCACAUCCCCGGCAGGAAACGGGGACAAAGCAACGUGGGCUCGGAACUUGGCGCCAUGAAAACCCCACCGCAGGGCGCAGAGACCGCAGAAGUGCGCGAGGGCUGA